CCCAGAGAGAGAACGGCAGAGGCCAAUCCAUUCCAGGUCGCUACUCCAACCCACAUAUAAAGCUCUCCAACACUUAUAACAUUUCAUUUUUUUACCGAAAUAAGGAAACGAAUCAGUGCGAUGAAACUCUUGUGCUCAGUCAUCUUUGUCUUUGGAUUUCUUUCCACCGGGAAUGGCUAUUUCAAAGUUCCCGGGAUGAAAACUGUGGACAGCCCAUUAGAUCAUUUACUUCGUGAAGGUCCAGGAGGACCUUCUAAUUCCGAAGACGAUGAUGAACCAUUCCAAAUUGCAGCUGCUCCUCCAACAAGAGAUUUCUUCGCAUGGAAAACUCCAGAAACGUUUUCAUUCUUUCACAAGCCAGAAGUGCAAAGCAUGCACUUUGAUAUGGGAAGCCCUUAUGUAGCACCUGGAAGCUCUUAUUUAUCAGAUGGGUAUUUUGGAGUUAUGCACGGUGACAGCAAAAUGUCCAGCUACAUGAUGGGCGGAGAACAGUUUUCCUAUCCUGUAUCAGGACGAUCCAAGUUACCCAGUUUUGUCACUGAUGACUUCAAAAUUCCCAGUAGGCUUCCAGAACCUAUGGCCUUGAGAGGAAGAAAUCAAGAUACCGAUCAACAAACUAACAUGAUCCCAGAAGCUGAACAAAGAGUUGUUGGUGGCAGAGAUGUAUCUGAAGGGGAGAUACCAUGGCAGAUUUCACUCCAGAGAAAAUCCAUGAAAAGUGGUCGUAUUUUUCACAUCUGUGGUGGAUCCAUCAUCAGCAGAGAAUGGGUGGUUACUGCUGCACACUGCGUAGCUUUAGCUUUGCUGUCUAACUAUAGAGUUGUUGCUGCUACAACCAAUCUUCGAGAUGAAAAUCGAAUUAAAUCUUUGAAUGGGGGAGAUUAUUCAGUUCAUAAAGUUGUGGACGUUCAAAUUCAUGACCAGUAUGACAUGUUCCGCUUCAGAAAUGAUAUUGCUCUCAUUCGAGUGGAUCCACCUUUCCAAUUCAGCAACAAAAUUCAGAGUAUUUCUUUACCCUCUCCUGGACACACAGCAACAGGUCAUGCAUAUGCCUCUGGAUGGGGACUCAUGCAAGAAGGCGUUCGAAUCACACCAAGCACACUGCAAGCGGUGGAACUUCCUUUGUUGAGUGAUGCUGAAUGCAAACAAGCCUAUGGUGACAACAUGGCAGAAACAAUGAUUUGUGCAGGCUACAAAGAAGGUGGUAAAAGCGUUUGCCAGGGAGAUUCCGGUGGUCCUUUGUUUCAAUCCCAUGGAGGUGGUGCCGUUCUGAUUGGAGUCGUAUCGUGGGGUGUGGGAUGUGCCAGACCUGGAAAACCCGGUGUAUACACAGAAGUUUCUCAUUAUAUUGAUUGGAUCCAUGGAAUUACUGGAGGUGCACGUUCAAAUGCAGUUAACUAAAACUAGGUCCUGUUACAUAAUUUAUUAAGUGAGUUCCACCGAGGGAUGCCAUACGCACAAAAGUAUGCGCAGAAUUCUAUUAAGAUGUCUAUGCGCAAUGAGGUUGUUGUGUCUCAAGAAGUAAAAUAUUAAUUGUGAUGCGACUGAUUUCGAGAAAAAAAUUUAUAGAAAUUCUUUGAUAAUCCAAUUGUAUAAUUAUCAAAGUUUGUAAGUCUGGAUCUUAGUCUGUAUGUCUGCCUGAUAUAAUGCCCUUUUUACUUAUGAAUGUUCAAAGAAAUUAUAGGUCUCUAUGAUAUUUAUUUUUAUCACAAGUGAAAAUAUAUUCCUUGAAUAAGGUUUUAUGUAUUCUAUAAUCUUAUCAAAAUUUUUCAAUUUCUAAUAUUUCCUUCAGCACUAAAAUUAAACGUAUUCAGUGUUUCAAAUCCUUUCAAUUUCAAAAUACAUUCAAUAGAUCCGUUUCAAAUAAAAUAAAAAAGACACUUUUGAGAAAAGUUU